AUGGAAUUUUUGACGGGCUCGCUUCCAGAAAAGGGUCCCUUUGGCUCCUUUUGCCUCUCUCAUUCCUCUUUCGGUCGUCACAACCACCUAUACCAGCUCAGUCCGGAGCAGCCUGCGAUCUGCGGACUGGUCGCACCGCUCGACAUCGAAUGUAGCCGUGUCAUGGCAGAUGGCGGCUCGCAAGAUGGUCGACCUCGAGCGCUCACCAUUGCACCUUCCACCCAAGCGACCGCAUCGUUCCUGACCACCCUCGACAGGAUCCGCACGACGCUCGCACGCACGUCGCACGACGAGAAGCUUCUUCGAGACGAUGCCUGGCCGGCGAUCUUGAAGCGCGUCCAUGCAGCUCUGGAUACGGGCAAGCCGAUCACGGGAGCAGGACCGAACAGAGGCCUGCCGAUGGAGAUCGUAUCGCAGACGCUCAAGGCGAGCUGGCAUGUCGAUGGCACCUGGCCAAUUGGGCCCAAUGCGAUGCAGCUGUUGGAGGAGCACAGCGUCGAGAAGGCGAGGGCGGAGAAGGGACCUGAGGCGAAACAGGAUCCUACUUCGGAAGACGUCGCGCAAGCAUACCGGAGAAGAGGGGUCGUGGUGGACGAGGCCAAGGUCGUGGUGGACGACUGGUGA